CUUGACUAUUUUUCACUGUCUUGGAUCAAGCCAGUGUUACUUUCAUAGUCUGUAAACUUAUUGCGCCUCAUGGGGAAGCAAAGAACGUUAACCUGAUCUGACCUUAGGAGUAAGUGCAGUGAGUAUCAAAAGCUAAAGAAAUCAGGUGAUGGAACUUGUUACGCUUGGUAAUCUUGUUUUUUAUGUGGACACGCAAACUUUUUCUGCCCAAUGUUCCCACAUUCGAAGGACCUUGUUCAUUCUUGUUCAUUCUCGAUGCCGCCACAAUGUUUUUGCAUCUAAUAAACUCCCCUACCGCCAUUAACACCUGCUCCACCGAGACCUCAGAGCUCACCUCACACCGCACCCCGUGAUGGAGUGAGAGAGGCCGGGCUCCACCGCUCAGGUGAGCCGCCAUCCCUACACUCCGCCACGAGAUCAACAGCUCCCCGCAGCAAAAAAGAAAACAACUAAUAACACCGCUUGCUUGCUAAUACUAAACCAAAAGCAGUCAAAACGUUCCAUAAGUAGGUAUGCUCAACCCUGUCGCAAGCCUUUUCCUGGUCAAUUAAAACCAAACCACAAUCCAAAUUAAAAAUCCUUCCGACCUCUACAACAUCCCUAAUGAACGAAACGUUGUCGUGAAUGACUCGACCCGGCACACAGUAGGUCUGGUCCGGAUGGAUCACCUCUUCCAUGACUAUACUAAGUCGGUUUGCCAAUACCUUAGAGAGCAGUCGGUAUUCCACACAGAGAACUGAAACAGGUCUCCAUGAUCUUAUGUCGUGUAGAUCUCCUUUUUUGGGCAACAGAGUCAAUACUGCUCUGCGACAACUGAGUGGCAGCCGCCCCGUGACUAAACUGUCACCCAGUACCUCCAGUAGGUCUGCACCCAUUUCAGGCCAAAAAGACUUAUAAAAGUCAGCCGGUAGACCAUCGAUCCCUGGUGCCUUGCCACUCUCCAUACCCUGGAGGGCUCGUAGCAGUUCCUCUAGGGUCAACCCCCUCCGAGGUCUGCAUGUGUUUCCUUUGACACCUGAGGGAGAUCCUUCAAGAAGACGUUAUCAUGGGCCUCAUCAUCGGAGAUUUCACACUUGUACAGUUCCUUGUAGAAACCGACUGCUCUCUUUCGAAUUUCUCUAUGGUCCCCUAAAAGUGUCCCUUCAUCAGAAAACAGGCCAUGUAUCAUCUUAUUCUGACCAUUCUUUUUUCCAAAUUAAAAAAGAAUUUCGACGGUGUAUCCAUACACUCCACAUUCUGAAACUGUGACCUGACCAGAGCUCCUUGUGCAGUAACGUCUAGCAAUUUAGUCAAUAAACUCUUUUUUGUUCUUAAAUUUUCUAUGCAUACCUGCCGUCCUGUGUUUUUCAUGAACUCUUGAAGCGCCAUUAUUUCGUCCUCCAAGGAUUUCAUGCGUAGAGUUGUGUCUCUCGUGACAUUGGAGGUAUACUGUUGACACAGCUGUUUAAUUUGCGUUUUGGCAAAAUCCCACCACCGCUGCACUGAUUUAAAAGAACCCUUUGUGAGUAGUUAUAUCAUACACUUUCUGUCAAACUGUCAAUCAAAGUAGUGUGUUUGAUAAUUUAUGACCCUCUGUGCUUCCCUGACUGGCAGGUCUGUAGGGGUGGUGAGGGGGGUAACCCUAUGGAGUGUAUCAGCUGGUCGAUCUGGCUCCUUUGUGUCUGGGGGUGUUGUGGAGAGGUGUGUGUGUGUGGGGGGGAUAGCCCCCCUCCCAACAAAAGGUGUUUUUGUUAAUGAGUUUGUUUUUUGGUGGGGUGAAAUACGUCUGAAAAGAAAUAAUGUUUUUAAUGUGGGGAUGUGUUUGUGUUCCUGUGUGGCGUUAUUUCGUUUGUGUAAACACAUUGUUAGAAAAGCAUGAUGUUUGAAUGUGUACAUAUAUGAGUAGAAUAUUUGUUUUGUGAAAUAAAUGAAAACAAUUGUUGAUUAUGUUUUUAGGGAUCCCGGUUUACCUUUGAAUAAAAAGUUUAGGAGUUAAAGCGUCUUUUUUUAAAAAAAAGAAUCUGUUUAAAAUUACAUACAUUCUAAACACAAAACUUUUAGGAGGUAAAAAUGGUUAAAAGAGCUGUUUAAAAAGAAUCGCGCAUAUUACACGACUUCUAAACAAAGAUCCUUACGAGGUAAAAAUGUUAAAGUGCUGGUUAAAAGAAUCGCCGUAAUGUCUAAACUAGAAGAUAGUUUUUUUCAGAGAUGUCUUCCAGUCGCUGUGUUAAGCAGUAAUGAAGUUAAACUGAGACACCUCACUCUCGCUAAACCCCGCCCACCAUACAUGUUUUCAGACACGCCUCUCUCUCUCUCUCUCUCUCUAAACACACCCAUACACGUGUUUUCAUCGUAGCCAGUACGUUCUGUCAAAAUGUCAAUCAUGGCGGUAGAACUAGAGGGCUAAUUUAUGGCCUCGUCCUUGUCAGGCCUGCGUUUCUCUAGGAGUGCUUCAUUUAUGGCCCUUUGUUUCUUCCUGACCAAGAGUUUUUUUAUGAGCAGGGGGGUCGUGGUGUGAUCCUACAGAUUGUUUAUGAUAAUGAGUGUCUGUGGGGGUGUUAAUGGCAGUAAGUGUUUUGUUUUAUUUUAUUAUUUAUUAUUAUUAUUAUUAUUAUUAUUAUUAUUAUUACACAUAGUUAAGAAUGUUUUUAUUUAUAAACGAAUUUAUGGGUUUAUUGUGGUGGAUAAAACAGGUAUCUAACGCUACAGGUGAUGAUGAUAUUGUGUCUAUCCCAGACAUCGUAGACGAAAUCAAGUUUCUGAACAAGGCAAGCGGUACGUGCGUUGUUAUUCUUUAUAAGUGUUCGAUCCUAUGUAUUGUGUAUGUGUUUAAUGAUUUUACUUUAUUUUACACAAAGGGGCGAACACAGAAGUCCCGCGAGUCAGGUUGGAAAACCCCGUGCUGGGUAAGAUCUGUAAUAAUGAGAUAUUUAUCUAUGUUUAAAAGCGGUUUAAGAUGUUUUGUUAUGUAUUGUGUUCGUUUGUUUACUGUUCAAGGCUUGUCAAAUCUUGUAAACAAGAUCGCUGCACCCGAGUUCAAAAAUAGUGCUGCGGUUUCCACUGAACGCGGUAUACCAACGAGCUCUGGAAAGGCCAAGCGUAAAACAGUUGCUCAGGUCCACAGCGCGGGUGUCGCAACGUCUAAACUCAGCUGUGAAUGAACCGCGCGCUAUAGACUCUUGUUUGAACUGGAAUCAGGAGCUGUUUGAUUCGUGGGACGCUUGUGUAUUUACCCCGGUUCCUGGAGACAGUCUGCCUUCAAACCAAGAAGCAUUUGGUCGCGAGGCUACUGUUAUAGACAAUAACAGAGACUCGGCGGAGGUGAUACGAACCGGGUUCAAGGCCAUCGAAGAUCGUAUUGCUGGAUUUGAAAAGACUUUUGCCAGCAUCACCGAGCGUCUGGACAUUAUAAAGAUGCUGAUUCUUCUCUAUAAUCAAAGUGUUGUGGAAACGUCACAAAACCAUACCAUCACACAUAAACAAAUCAUAGCAACCCGGAAGCUUCUUGCUGGGGAGAUUUGUCGCGUUGAUCACAGUCAACACCUGACGACGGAAUUGUUAAAACAGCUUGUACAGCUGGUUUAAAACAAGAAACUUGGGUGAGUUGUACAAUAAGUAUUUUAUAUCCCUGUGUGUGUGUUUGUGUGUGUGUUUGUGUGUGUGUGUUUAUUUGCUGGUUCGUAUCUGUUUUACUGUGUGUGAUUUUAUUUAUUUAUUUAUUUAUUUAUUUAUUAUUUUUUUUAAAAUAGUUUUUGUUUCCAUUCCAAAAAAAUCUGUAAAAAUGUCAAAGCGGUGUGGUGAAAACUCGUGUAAUCUGGGAGCAGCAAUUAAAUUUAGAAGAUGCGACGACGAUGGUCUGUGUACUUUUGAACAGCGUGGCAAUACAGAGACGUUACAGGGUUUAAUUCGGACAAUGGAGGAUCUGAAUAGACAGCAGUCUACAACUGAUACUUUGUUGGACUUGUUAAACAUUGUUAGAUCAAUGGCUGAGGUUCAAACAGAACCACUGCCUAAUUCGUUGUUAGACAGCGAUUCAAAUUCACAGCAGGUGGGGUGGGGGUCAGACAGUCAAUCGUUUAAUCCUUCGGAGCCAAAUUUUGGGUUAUCCGAAGCCGCUAUUGAGUCUAUCGUAAGAGAGGGUGGGUCUGUUGGUGGUUAUACGGUGGUACCGAGACGCAGAUUUAAUGGAUUGGAGAUACGGCGUCGUAUAAACAUGCGUGUGAUAACCGCUCCAGACCUGGCAGCGUACGCUAUAUUUCUGCAUGAUAUCAUGUCUGAAAUAGUGUCGUUUUCCAGACUGCUGGCCGGCGAUGGGGGUUUAAUCAACAUUACCUUGAGAGGCCCUAGUCUACCCUCUGACAUUAAUGCUGUCUUGUCACCUGACAACGAUUACGAUUUGCACAUAUCAACACAACAACUUGAGAACAUUAUGCAAAGUAAUUCUGACGUACGGGCUGAUGAAUGUCUAGAUCUGAACGUGUCUAUAGCUCGCGGUAAACACGGUGGUGCUUAUCGAAAGAUACGUGAUUUAGCUCAUAACGAGGUGAUUGCCAGAAACAGAAUGAAUCUGUUCUGUCCCAACAACGUAUCUAACAAUCUGUGUUUUGCGAUCUGUCUGUCCCAUUUUCUACAACCGCAUACGCCAUGUAGUGAACUUGAGUUGUUAGCCGCGUCUCUACAGAAAACUGCAGGGUAUUCGGUACAACAAAGGAUAGGGUUUAAUGACAUCACACGGUUUGAACGGUUGUUAUAUGUUAAAAUAGUAGUAUUCCAUAGGACAUGUUCUGGUCUGUUGGAACACUUUACGAACAAUGACGAGCCUCAUAAUAAGACCGUGUUCUUGUAUCUACACAACGAACAUUAUUUCUUGAUUAAGAACCUAAAAGCAUUCAUCGGUACACCAUACGUGUGCGAAUACUGCUAUCAUGGUUUUACUAGCCGCAGAGACCACGGGUGUAAAUACGUUUGCGAUGUAUGUAAUGCACCUGAUCGUCAUAAAUACGUUGGCAAAACGAGGCAAUGUCACGAUUGUUUGCGGUACUGCAGAUCAGCCUACUGUUACAACGCGCAUAAACAGACGCAAACAGGACAACAGUACGCUCAGUGUGAUGUCACUAAAUACUGUCAGAAAUGUAGUGGGCGAUAUCACGUCAACGGCGCCACACCACAAAAACACGUGUGCCCUGCAGAAAACUGUAUCCAUUGUAAAGCUGAAUUGGUUAAUGACGGAGUGACUAAUGUUUCAUACAACCGAUAAAAAUGGAACCACCUAGUGACAAAUACAUUUAUUAUGAUUUUGAGACACAACACACGGACGGUAAACACGUAGCGAAUUUCGUAUGCGCCAUUACAUUUAAAGGGGAAGAGUUCACAGCCGCUGGUAUAGACUGUAUAGAUCAACUUGUUAAAAAGUUUAGACAGCCUCAUUAUCAGAAUUACACAUGGGUUGCACACAACGCUUCAGGGUUUGACAAUUUUAUACUAUUGGAAUAUUUUGCAAAAGCAGGGCUAACACUCCAAAUUACUAUGCAAGGCUGUCGGAUCAUCUUAAUGUAUGAUAAGACAUUCAAGCAACGUUUCAUCGAUAGCUACUCUUUUAUCCCUAUGCAUCUGUCCGUGACAUCUGCCGCGUUAAAUCUAACCUGUGCUGAGAGAGGUCAUUUUCCACACCUGUUCAAUAGAAUAGAAAAUGAAGACUACGUAGGCCCAUACCCUGACAAGCAUUUCUACAGCUAUGAGACAAUGUCUGACAAAGAGAGGGCUCUGUUUGAUGAGUGGUAUGUUAUGGUGUCGGGUAAGGUUUUUGAUUUAAAAAAAGAGCUCGCCAUGUACGGCAAGAACGAUGUCGUUUUGCUCCGUGAGGCAUGCAUGAAGUACCGUGACGAGUUCAUACAACCUACUAAACUCGACCCAUUCAGAUACACCACUUUUUCUUUUUCACACUAACUGUUGUUACCCAGAUGAGGAUGGGUUCCCUUCUGAGUCGGGUUCCUCUCAAGAUUUCUUCCUCUUAAAACAUCUUAGGGAGUUUUUCCUCGCCACCGUCGCCACUCAGUGGCUUGCUCAGUUGGGAUAAAUUCACACCUUUAAUAUCGGUAUACCGUGUUGAUAUUUCUGUAAAGCUGCUUUGAGACAAUGUCUGUUGUAAAAAGCGCUAUACAAAUAAAAUUGAAUUGAAUAUCACUAACAUUACAUGGAGCAUAACGUUAGCUGGUUUCACGACCACAAUGCAGCUGCCUCAAACAAACGUAAUAGUCUUUCAGGCGCUUCGCCGAAGUCCAGGUGUUUCCUCGCUUUGUUUGAAAUGAACAAUAGCAUCGGCUGCACGCCGGCACCCGAUUCUACCUUUCCUCUCAAUGAGCUUUCCUCUCUUUUCCUCUCAAUGAGUCGGGGCGGAGCUAAACUUCUGUAGUUUUUCCCGUGUGCUUGUUGGCGUUUUUCUUCUUUACCACUUGUGGACCGACUAAAACACUUAUGCGUAUUUCCCCGUUCAGUUCCGGAAGAAUUGCAACCUCCGUACAUUCAUUAUGUACCUACACUACUGCAGAAAAACAAGUACCGUGACCUUUUAAAAAUGUUGGUACUGACUUGUUACCGAAGUAUCGGUUCGCGUGACAUCCCUACUAGAGAACAUGUAUGAUAAAAUUCAGACGAGAGGCCACCUUUCCCUGUGAUGUUUUUAGAUUUAGUUGUUUAAUGGCAGAUAUCACUUCACUCUCUUGAAUUUUAGUAGGGAUCACAUCUAUAUCAUAUUCAUAAUUUAUGAACGUUCUCAAGAGACCAUCGUCAAUUUCUAUUGGUUUAUACAUAUUUAGACAAAGGUUGUGAACAGUUUUCCUUAUUUCUUCAGGUUUUUGGAUUAUAACCCCAUCUUCUGCUCUUAUUGCCUCGAUGAGAAUGCCUUCUUUUCUUUUAUUAAACAAAUUACUUUAGUGUGAUUUAAAGACUCUUCCAUAUUAAUAACCUGUAUAUUUAAUAAAAAAUUAUUAUGAUGUUACCUUUUUUAUUUUUAUUAUUAUUUUUUUAAUUUACCUAAACAUUCUCUUCAUUCUCGUCUUCUUGGGCUUUUGAGCUUUAAUUUUAUGUAUUGCAUCAUUAUCGUAUUGUAUUUUUCAGGGGUUUUUUUAUUCUUUUACUAAAAAGAUAACUUUUCUAUUUAAAACAUUUCUUAACUUGACUUUUUAAAACUUCCCAUAACUCACAAUUAUGAUUAGCAAAUAUGUCCAAAGUUUUAAUUCUAGUUAUUUCUUCUUUUAGUUCUGAUACCACAGUAGAACUUUUCAGGAUCUGUGUGUUUAAUUUCCAAUAGUUCACUCUCUCUUCACCUUUUAAAACUAACCCCACAAAUAACAGUUAGGUGAUCAGAAUCCACUAAUAAUUUUGUUGCGUAGUGCUUCACUUCAAAGUUAUUAUUUACAUAAACGGUCUAUUCUGGUUUUACAGAUAGAAUCUCAUCUUGUAAAAUCCUUUCUUUUUAGGAAUAAAGUCAUAAACACAUUAUUAAGUUGAUGUUCAAUCAUCAUGGAUUUUAGGAAAGUACCCUCCCUCCUAAUUUUACAUGCUUCAGUCACUAUUCUAUCUAUUCAUCUUGCUCUUCUGUUACCUAGCAGAAUUUUCCUAACCAUAUCUUGUGCUGUAUUGACAUUAUUGUAAUCUUUCUGUCACAAUAAUAAACGUCUUCAAAGGCUAAUCUUCCUGGAAUUACUUCACAUAUUCUAAUGAAUUUAAAUUUACUAUUAAAAAAUAAAAUCGCUAUUCCAUCGGCCUUACUUUCUCCGAUUGAGAACACAGACGAACCUUUAGACCAUAUUUUUGUA